ACAAGGAUGACCUUGCCUCGUCUAUUGCUCUCAUUAUUGUUGUUGCUGAGUGUAAUAACUACAUCAACAACAAUAUCAGCAGCAGCAGACUCCAAUAGCAACAACAACAACAACAAUGAACAAAGCUUCAACGAAGAGAUGGUCAUCAAGCCACUGGUUAACGGCAAGCUUUAUACUCAUGUACAGUUCACAACAAAGUGGAGCGCGAACUUCUACGAUCAAUCAACUUUUCAACACUAUGACCUGUUCUCUCGAUCGAUCGGCGACUUGAUCACUAGAGUGGGCGUGGAGGAGAUGACACUUCAGUUUACACAGGGAAGAUGGAACUAUGCUGACUGGGGCAACCCUGUGCGCUCAGCACCGGUGGGUGUAGAGCUGAUGACUUGGUUGCGCCCGCUCGAUAAUACAGACAUUGACGCGCAGUGGCGUGAUCUUACACACUCGCUGUCCGGCCUCUUCUGCGCCAGCAUGCAGUUCCUCUACCAGGUGCCGCAUCACACGUCGGUACCCGCGCGAUCAUUCCGCCCCGAGGGCCAAUCCAACAUCUAUCAUCAGCAGUCGACGGCCACGUCACCGGCCAUCCUAUCGUUGUCCGACAACAGAACCACACCACUUCAGUUGCGCUACGGCAUCCUGCCUCGAGAGUCUGUAUGCACAGAGAACCUGACGCCUUGGGUCAAGCUGCUGCCGUGCCGUGAGCAGGCUGGACUUGGCCGUCUGCUAAACCCACUGCGUCUCUACGAUGUUCACUACCACUCCAUGUCGAUCACUGUUCGCAAGACCUGUGACAGCGAUCAAGGCACCUGUGUCAACCCAACCCUCGAGAUCAUUCAAUCAAUCUCGGUUGUCCAUGAUGUUAGACAGAAGGAUCCCCUCAUAGACCAAUCAAAGCCAAAGGACAAGGUGGACGUUGAUAUUGAACAGUUGUUUGGAGUGAAGGGUGGCCUGUCGGCAUGCCCUCUGGCAUCAUCGAGCAAGAUAUAUGUGGUGAACAAGCCUUACGAACAGAAUAAUCAACUCGUGUUGACACCCAAGCCAUCACUUGCGACCGAUGGCUUCCUCAUCUACGAUCUGAUCGCCGACUACUCGGCAAAGAGCAGCCUGAAGUUGCAACUGCAGUGGAGUCGGUUCACCAAGAACCCGACGCCAGCCCCAAUCACAGCGCACAGCCAUCUCACUGGCUAUGGACAGGAGCGAGGAGGCAUUGCCAUCCAAAUAUACAACAAUCACAAUCUGCCGAUCAACAUCACCUACUUCCAGGCCAUCCCCUGGUAUCUUCGCGUCUACUUCCACACAUUCAAGUUCAACAUCAACAAUGAGCGCAAGUUUGAAGACCAAGGCUCAAUCAAUCAAUGA